AAUUUGUUAUAUUGUCUGUGACUCUGUGAGGGCAAAAAUGCCGAUCCUCUCUUGUGAUAUUCUUUGCUCUUAAGUCUCAACCAUUUUAUCCGCAAGGAUAAUUAUGACAAAAAAGAAGUAUAACGAAACAACCGGGGGCUAAAAAUAAAACUCAAGAAAUUUUCUAGUGGUUACUUUUUCGUUUUCCUUUCCUGAUCGGGAAAUUGCUGCUUCAGCUACGAACCUCAGCAGUCAGAAUCAUUGUCACCGACCAGUGCUGAGGAUCGAAUCCGCAUCAGAGAAGGAAUAAGAACCUGAAAUUUCAUCAGUGGAUACAUGAAACUGCACAACCCAAUCUCCCGAUCCACCCCGGCGACGGUGAUCCCCAACCCCGGCUGAUUGCGGAGAAAUCUCCGGCAAGGCCACGUUCUUAUCCAGAAACUGCAUCACCUUCCUCAUCGUCGGCCUCGCCGCCGGCGAGCGGUGAGCACAGAUCAGCCCCAGCUUCAACACCAUCUCCAUCUCCUCCACCACAUAAUUCCCCUGCAGCCUAGGAUCGCAGGUUUUCAAGAUCUCGCCUCUUCGCCAGCACUCCACCGCCCAAUCCACCAAAACCGCCUCCUCCGCCCUCUCACGCGCCUCCACCACGGGCCUCCUUCCACACGCGACCUCCAGCAUGAAAACCCCAAACGCGAAAACGUCGCUGCUCGUCGUCGCCCUCCCCGUCCUGCUCAGCUCCGGCGCCAAAUACCCGAUCGUCCCCACCACAUUGGUCGUAUGCGGGUCGGAUCCGUGGUCGUAGAACCGGGCCAGCCCGAAAUCCCCCAACCGGCCGUUGAGAUCGGCGUCCAGCAGGACGUUGCUGGCCUUCACAUCUCGGUGGAUCACCACUUGUCCCCAUUCCUCGUGGAGGUAAACCAGCGCGGCGGCGACUCCUUUCACGAUCUGGCUUCCAUUAGGCAUGUAAUCAUAGACCAAGAACAGCUCGCCCUUUCGUCGGCAGUAGCCCAGCAGCUGCACCAAGUUCCGGUGGCGCAGCCUUCCCAUGCUGGCGAUUUCCGCUAUGAAUUCCUUCAUACCUUGACUGGAAUUGUGCGAGAUUUUCUUCACCGCGACUUCGACAUUGGAGGCAGGUGAAUCUCUGAGGACCAUAUUGCUCUUCCCAAUCUUCCCGCAGUUCUUCAUAUCUCUUCCUCGUGAAGUAGAUGGUCAGAGCAACUGUUGGGAUCAAGAGAAUCCCUACUAUGGUUGGAAGUAGAAUCUUUAAGUUGGGUCCUCCUCUUCCUGAGUCUCUAUCAUCUGGCAGUGAUGGGAGGCUAGAGAUGUCAAGAUCCUGAGCAGGGCCGGAUAAGUUGAAGCUCCACCCGAGAAUGUAAUGAUGGCUGGCAACCGAGCCUGUGGAUGCUGAGAAACCAAUGUACAUUUGAUCAAAUAGAAUAGAAGAAAGAUCUAUCGUGGAUGAUAGGAGUGGUUUCUCUGGUUUUCUUCUGGUUCUUACAGGAGCAAGUGUCACAUUUAACUGCCUCUCUCGUGCACGGUACUGUACCCAAACCUGCAUAGGUUCUCCACUCAUGAGCUCCAACUCAUUUGCUUCACCUUCAGUAUUGAAGUAUGCAGCCGCUGCAGAUUGAAUGGAUGUCAAGUUGUUGAUGUCUAUCCCGACAUGGUUAUUGUUGAUGUCGUCAAACUCAGGGUUCAUAACAGUGUCGAGCUCGAUGGCCAUCAGAUGAUUCGAAGACAGCCCGAUGGUGGUGGAGUUGAAGAGUCCGAGGUACUGAGUUGCAAUGGAAUUCUGGAACUCGGAAGAAGGCGAGACGACAAAGGCUAUGCCGUGACCUCCAAGCGUUGGUGUCUCGGGGACCAUGGCAAACACGAAGGUCGUUGAGAACGAGAGCACUCCAUUGGGGCUGCUCGAACUUGAAUUGCUGGAUGGAGAAGCGUUGAAGUGGAUUGGAAACGGGAAGAAAGCGUGGCCGAUCUGUUGCUUCGAGGUGUUUGUUAGCUCCAAGAUGCCAUUUGGGUGGAUGGUUGCCAUCCCACUGAUGGUGAGAUUUGAUCCAGUGAAGCCAUUGUAGAUGAACUGGUCUGCGUUUCCCCGCUGAGCUGAAACCAGAAGGGAAUGAGAUGCCAGGAGAGAAAGUAACAAAACUAGGAGUGGAUUAAGCAACAGUGUUGCCAUUGAAGAAAAUCAGGAUUUGCUCUGAUUCUGAUAGCCUAUGGCAGCAAAUUAGCAGAAGAGACUUCUACGGUUCUACCACUUGUCUCUCGAUCUGGUAAGCUUCAAUCAUUCAAGUGAUUUGGUUGACCAGAGACUCGGUCAAACUGAUGGCUGUGAGACUGUUUAUCUAGAUAAUGAAUAUUCAAAUGAGGCAGCGGUUGGCUCUCGGCAUGGAGGCAAGUUGCUGCUGGGCUGUACGGCAGAUCAUGUCUACAUCUUUGGGGUCAGAAAUAAUAGCAGGACUUGACUAGAGACCUGACCAGCACAGUACCUCAGGCUCGUCGGAACAGCCAAAAUGGCAGGGAAGCCGGAACCCUUGUGUGUAAGUGUAACCAACCAGAUACUAACGGCGGUAAUGUCUGGACAUGAUAAAUGGUGGAAGUGUCCAUAGAUGGAUGGAGAAACGACUUUUUGCCCUAAAAAAUGAUUGAUAACCACUGGUGGUGGUGUGGUGCCUGUCUUCCAAUCAAGCUGGCUGAUUUUCAGGGAGGGUUCUUUGUUUGUCAUGAUGGCUGACAAUUCGGGCAGUUGGCUACCUGCUUCCUUCCAGACACAGUAUACAGGUGGACUUUGUGUUAAUUAUUUCUGAUAUCUUAACUAAUCUUGAUUUGAUGGUCAUGGCUGACGGCAUCCAGGAGACAUUUGACCUUGGGGGCGAUGGCUGGCUGUUCAACGCCCUUGUUUUAGGCGUUGAGUUGAGAUAUUUUUUGGUAUGUGAUUUCGAGGUGUUUAAUGAAAGAAACAGCUACCAAAAUAAUUACUUCCCGCGUACAGAU